AUCACGGAAUUGCAUAAAUAGCGAGUCUAUCGAACAACGUGCUUCACAAACUUGAGAAUAUUAAACAAUUUGGAAGUGCGGAAAGUGUAUAGUUUUAGUUGCGCCCGGGAUAUAAAGAAACAGUUUUAAAAAGUAAAUGAAAAGGAGUGAAAAAUAUUCGUAGCAAAUAUAAAAUAAUUUUUUUUCUGAAAAGUGCAUCAGAGUAGCACCGCCAAUUAGUCAAUUCAUUGUGUGAACGUGUGGUUGAAGGAACCUUUUCGAUUUGUUGUGGACAAUCGUCUAUUGUAUUUGGCACGAACAAACCUUUCCUGCGGAGCCGACAGUAAAAUCUCGGCUGUGAACUUCUCAACUGUGUGAGAACCAUAUAGAAUUCUUGCCUGUGUGUAGAAGAGUGAGUGAGGUCAUUCAGUGGAUAUCUGUAAACGUAAAUUCCAAUAUAGGAAACUAGUGUGAGGAUUCUAUACGUCGUAUACACAAAAUUUAAACCGAUAGUCGGGCGCCGAUAGAAAAUAAAAGAUAGAAAUUCAAAAUUAGAAAAUCCGUGUAAAUAAUAAGCGACGAAUAAUAAUUUAUAUUAUCAGUUAAGGAGAAUACUAGAUCCAUAAAUUUUUUAACAAGGAUUCGUAUUUCGUCACCACACCGAAAUUCAGAGGAAUACUGCAUUGCUGACCGGCAAAAUAUUACACAAUAAGCACACGAAACUACUUAUUGGAUAGUUGGAGACUUCGUGCCAAUAAUUACCUGCAAUUAAAUAUUUUUAAAUAUACUUUCACGUGUCCGUAGUUAUACGAAAAUUGGAUAUAUCGCUAUUUGUUUAAAGUGAGAAAAAAGCAGGUGCAUAUUGCGGCCUUAGUAUUUUUUACAAAGUACAUACUCACCAGUUAUAAAUUUAUUAAACGUUAUUCACAUCUAAAAUGGGUUUACUCAGCGAAGGCAGUCCACUCUCAUGGGAGGAAACCAAAAAAUUAGCCGACCACGUGCGUGAACAUGGCAUAACGCAGUUCAUAAAUCUCUAUCACCGGCUAAAGGAUCGCACUGGCGACAUACUCAAGUGGGGUGAUGAGGUUGAAUAUAUAAUCGUUAAGUUUGACGAAGCAAAUCAAGUUGCACGUGUCUCACUGAAAGCGCAAGAACUACUCAAUGAGCUCAAUGAAAAAGAAUUAGCCGAUCCGAAUGGCGUUAAGUCGUUGUGGCGCCCAGAAUAUGGCGCUUAUAUGAUUGAGGGCACGCCAGGCAAACCGUUUGGUGGUCUUAUGGCACACUUCAAUCUGGUGGAGGCGAAUAUGCGUUAUCGGCGCGAAGAAGUCACAGAAUUACUGGACAAAGAUGAGUGUGUCAUGUCCAUAACGAAUUUCCCACGUUUGGGUGCACCUGAAUUCACACAUCCCAUCUACUAUCCGAAUCCGGAUGAUCCGAAUAGCUCAGCUAAAUCGUUAUAUUUCCCAGAUGAAGCCAUAUUUCCGGGUCAUCCACGCUUCAAGACGCUAACACGUAAUAUACGUAAACGACGUGGCGAGAAAGUCGCCAUCAAAUUAAAAGUUUUCAAAGAUGUAAACACAAAGCUACCCAUAGAGGGUGCUCCAAAGGGUGAGCCCGAUGUCGUUGCACUCGACGCUAUGGGUUUCGGUAUGGGCUGUUGCUGUCUACAACUUACAUUCCAGGCCUGUAACAUAAAUGAGGCACGCAAAUUGUACGAUCAGUUGGCGCCAUUGUGUCCCAUUAUGUUGGCACUUACAGCAGCAUCGCCCAUCUAUCGCGGCUACUUAACCGAAUCCGACUGUCGUUGGAAUGUGAUAAGCUCCUCAGUAGACUGCCGCACCGAGGAGGAGCGUGGUCUUCGACCAUUAAGUGAGAAUAAGUUCCGUAUCGCUAAAUCGAGAUAUGAUUCGAUCGAUUCAUAUCUAUCACCAGAGGGUGCUGCAUACAAUGACGUGCCACUCACCUACGCCGAGGAAGACUACAAACGGCUUCGUGACGGCGGCAUUGAUCCGCUACUGGCACAGCAUGUGGCACAUUUGUUCAUACGCGACACCGUGUCAUUGUUUAGUGAGAAAAUCGAUCAAAAUGACGAAGAGGAUACAGAUCACUUUGAGAAUAUACAAUCGACCAAUUGGCAGACAAUGCGUUUCAAGCCGCCACCGCCGAAUUCGUCGAUCGGCUGGCGUGUGGAGUUCCGGCCAUGUGAGGCACAGAUAAGUGACUUUGAAAAUGCUGCCCUGGUAUGCUUUGUCGUGCUGCUGACACGAGUGAUACUAUCGUAUCAGUUAAAUUUCCUGAUCCCCAUUAGUAAGGUUGACGAAAACAUGCAAACUGCACAGAAGCGUGACGCUUGUCGCAAAGAGAAGUUCUGGUUCCGCAAAACGUCCAAGAAGAGCUGCUACAUAAAUGGUAAUGGCGUUAAUGGUGUACACAACGGCACUAAGGAGAAUGGCGAAACCAACCACGAGGAAUAUGAAUUAUUGUCCGUAGGCGAAAUUUUCAAUGGAAAGGCUGACUCUUUCCCUGGACUCGUGCCACUCAUUCGUAGCUAUUUGCAAUCAAUGGAAGUGGAUCCUGACACACAUUGCACAAUUGAGCAGUAUUUGCGUUUUAUAGAGAAGCGUGCUGCUGGUGAAUUGUUCACCACUGCUACUUGGAUACGCGAGCAAGUGCUAAAUCAUCCAGAUUAUAAACAGGACUCAGUUGUAAGUGAUCGCAUCAACUACGAUUUGCUUAAGCGAAUCAAGGACAUUCAAGAGGGCAAAGUGAUUGAACCCACAUUACUUGGUAAAGGCAAUCAUUCCAAAACGAAAGAUUCGCUGCCGCCCGCACUCCAGAAGCAGUUGGCAUUGAAUGGCUGUUGCGAGGGUAAAUGACCACCCAUUGCGCAGACGCAAACUAUAAUUGGGCAAUGUUGUGAUCAGCAGUAAAUUUUUUAUUAAACGCGUAUAAGUAAAAGAAAUGUGAUGCUAUAGGUUUAUGAUGAUGACGACCUUUUUUUACCCAUCGUCGAUGCUGCAAAUUGAAUGUUUUUUGUUAUACUUAAAAAAAAUAUGAUGAAAGAAACAAAAAUAGUUGACAAACUUUUGAUGGUAAUUGAUUUAAUACAAUGCCUCAUGGCUAAUAAAUAAAUAAAUUUUACUUGAUAUCUAAAUAAAAAAA